AUGCUGAGAGUAUACUUGGUUGAGUUAUCGCAGAACGGCAACAGUAGAACGGCAACAGUAGAACGGCAACAGCAAAACGGCAACAGCGGAAAAGCAACAGCGGAAAGGCAACAGCAGAAAGGCAACAGCGGAAAGGCAACAGCAGAAAGGCAACAGCGGAAAGGCAACAGCAGAAAGGCAACAACAGAACGGCAACAGCAGAAAGGCAACAGCGGAAAGGCAACAGCAGAAAGGCAACAGCGGACAGGCAACAGCAGAAAGGCAACAACAGAACGGCAACAGCAGAAAGGCAACAGCGGAAAGGCAACAGCAGAAAGGCAACAGCGGACAGGCAACAGCAGAAAGGCAACAGCGGACAGGCAACAGCAGAAAGGCAACAGCGGAAAGGCAACAGCGGAAAGGCAACAGCGGAAAGGCAACAGCAGAAAGGCAACAGGGGACAGGCAACAACAGAACGGCAACAGCAGAAAGGCAACAGCGGAAAGGCAACAGCUGAAAGCAACAGGAGAAAGCAACAGCAGAAAGGAGACCUACAUCUCCCCCUCGAGCAAGCCCAGAGACUCACCCCCUUGUCACGGCCGGAUAAACCUGACACUCCAGCCUACGGAAGCAAGCACCGCCCAGGAAGGAGCCGCCGCCUAA